UGGGGCCACGUCGAAGCGAUAAAUGCUUAUAUUGUCUAUGUUUCAAACAAUUUGUCGUCAGUCUGAUUUCGGAAUCUUUACACUUUGAUCGAACGACAAACAAAUGACGGGCAACGAGCAUAAACAUCUACUGCACGGCAUACUUAUUGUGUUCUUGGUUACAUCACUGCUCGUAGAAAACACUGGCGCUUCGACAUGCGUAGUGAAUUGUCCACUGGGGAAAGUUGUACAUGAGGAAACAUGUUCGUGUCAUCCGCAGCCGGAAUCCGUGGUUGGAUGCCCACCAGGGUCACUAUACGUCGAUAAGAAGUGUCGUAAAAUCCAGUGCCCCAGCGGGAAAUUUCACAAAGGUAAAUGCCUAUGGGCCUAUUGCCCCCCAGGUUUGGUUUGGCGUGAAGGAAGCUGCCAAGAGCCGGGCUACGUGACAACAAUUCUUGAAAUAGAUAAUAACUUGGUUAAUGAGAUACGCGAGAGCCCCAUAUAUCUUGAGCUCAAUAAAAACUAUAAUGAAGUGCACUACGACUCCCAAUCGCAGCCACAGCAGCAAAAGCCACAGCAGCAAAAGCCACAGCAGCAAAAGCCGCUGCAGAAAAUGCCCCAGCUGAAACAGCGGCUUCAGGCGCAGGCUCAGGCAAAAGCAAACUUGACAGACCAACCAAAGGCCCUUAAAAAUUCGACAAAAACUUGUUGUACAGUUCUAACACCACGUGUUUGCAAGAGCUAUGAUGACAAAUGGAUUUGUUUUAAUCGCCGCAAACAUAUGUGCGAUGACAAUGUUUGUACUAAACCAAAAGUUUACCUCAGCCCGCCAGAGCUCAAGUACCAACAUCCAAUACUAACAAUGCCUCCCAAACUACGGCAUGAUGCUGCGACCCAAGUGGAUGAUAUCGUCCAAAAAAACAACUGCUCCGGCUGCGCUAGCAACCAUCCCGAGAAUUGCUCGGCUUAUUGCUACUUCUAUUUUUGUCCUCCAGAGACAUGCACUUAUCUGGAUUUGAAUUUUUACUGCAGUCUUUAUCCUGGUCAGUUUGGUUGUAUCAAGGAGCAUGGAUGCCUGUGGGAAUGGUGUUAGUCCAAACAAGAAAAGCAAAGCCAAUCAACAACGCCGCAGCACCACAUUCACGAUUAAAUUAAAAUGUUACUAUGUUUGUACCAACCACAAAAAGGAUGAAAUAGGUAAUGCCAAGUCAACACUGACUUGUAUUGCUUAACUCGUUUUGGGAAACAUCUCCGCCGUUCACACCACUCGUUGAUGUUUUGGAAACUUCUUUUUUCAAAAUUCUACCAUAAUUUUUAUGAUGCACUAUUGUUAAGAAUUAUGUUCUUUUCAAAUUCUAUUUCAUUUUCUUUAUUUUAUAUUUUUUUGCCAGAUACAAGGCGUAUAUAUAUAUAUAUAUAUAUAUAGGCGAGAGCUUCAGCACAGCUGAUAACACUGCAAAUGUCAAAUCAAUUUAGAAACAUAUCAUAAAUAUAAACUUGAAAUACAAGUUUUAUAAA